AUGCCAGCGAAACGGCGGCCGUUCGGGAAAACAGCCGCAUGCCAGAAAUUCAUGAAAACACAGAACCAUGCGAACCCAGCGAGCGACAGGAAACAAGGGGAAAGAAAAGCACUCGAAAUGGAGGUAAGAGAACUCACAGCAAGAGGAGAUUUUGACUGGAUAGACAGCCGACCAGAGCAGACCCCAGAAAUGACCGUGGACGGAUCGAAAACGGCGGGGGAAAACGCCAGGCCAGGUAAGGAGAACCACGAGGGAAGCAGAGGACGACCGGAAAUAGCGACAUGCGAGUCGCUAAAAACGUAA